GUAGAAGAUGAGUUUUACAACCUACCAUUUAGCAAAGAUAAUGGAGAACUUCGGAUCAAUCAAGAAGGGAAUAAUAUUAUUGUUCAGUGCUCUGAAGGUUUCAAAGUCAUUUAUGACACUGCCAACUAUGUCGAAGUUUUUGUGCCUAGGCCUUACCAAGAGCAGACAACUGGGCUUGGUGGCAAUUUCAACAAUAACUUGGAGGAUGAUUUCAUGCUGCCUGAUGGAACUUUCACCCCAAAUGUAGAUGACUUUGGAAUCUCAUGGGAAGUGCCCACAACUGGGAGCAUUUGCUCUAAGAACUGUGUGCACCAGCUCCCUGCUUAUGACGAGGCCCAAGCAUCACAAUAUAAAGAUGACAGACACUGUGGACUCCUUACACUUGAGGCAGGCCCAUUUAAAGACUGUCAUUCCUUUGUGAGCCCUGCAGACUUCUUUGACAACUGCCUGUACGACAUGCAGGUUGUCGGCGAGGGAUCUCUCUGUCAAAACCUUCAAGCUUACACAGCUAAAUGUCAAGCAGCUGGAGCUGAAAUUGGUGACUGGAGAACAGCUGUCUCUUGUCCUCUUUUCUGUCCAGAUAAUAGCCACUAUGAGACAUGCGUUAGAGCUUGUGAUUCCAGCUGUGCCAGUUUCUCUACAGUGCAAUGCACUAGGAAUUGUUUUGAAGGUUGCCGAUGUAAUGAUGGCUACUUGUUUGAUGGGAAUACAUGUGUACUUCUGGAAAAGUGUGGCUGUACACAUAAUGAACUCUACUUGAAGGUAAGCUGGGGCAGCCCAGUUAAUUCAUUGUGA